UGAGAGAAAAUUAUUGCUAAAAAAGAUUGUUUUAAACUCAAUCGUUCAAGCCACUUUGAUAAACUGGUUGCACUGCAUAUAGAAAUACAUUAAUCUAUGGCAUCAGUACCAAAUAAAAUGUAGGUAAUACACAAAUUACUAACACAUUUUAAAUUGGUUUACAUUUGAUCCUUGAAAGGUGUUAGAAAUUUUUCAAUAUUUUCACUCAUACACUAGUGCACGCGUUAUCGUGUUAUCAGCCACUGCAACAAUGGCAUUAUUCGUCUUACAGGACGUGAAGGCUAACACAAUUCAUUUCACAUUAAAAAUUGUUGUAUAGUAUACCACAAGAAUUCGUUUAAAAGCAGACCAUCACCGGUAUUUGGGGGGGCUGCUCCCCUGAUAACUACUUGGGACUGCUGAAAUGGUUCGUUUUUCACUUUACCGACGAACCAACAGCACUCUGCUGGAUUGAUAUUGUUUUUACGGUUCGUUUUCCACAACGAGCUCGCACACACACACACACACACACACACACACACACACACACACACACACACACACACACAGAUCCUGCCGGUUACCGGUGCACCCCGAAAUUGUCGCCGGUAAUUUAAUUUCUGCUCUCAUCCAACGAUUAUAUUUUUCAAACGAAAUUACACACCCGGAGAUCAAAGUGCAUUUCCCGCACUCGCUCUUCGGACUGUGAAAUGUGGCUUUUGUGUGAUCCCACGGUUCGUUUAUUCGAUACCGGGUUGUAACAGAGCCGGGUCGGACAGGGCGCACUACUAGCUGAAUCGAUUCCUGUUUUGCGGUAAACGUCCGGGAAUGGUUGCGCGAAUGAGUAAUUAUUUUGAAAACUAACAGCGGUGUUGAGAAUUUAAAGAGAACCGGACACUUUUAUUGCUGAUUUUUGCGUGGAACCAGAUUACAAAUUUACGACCCACUUUAGCCGUGCUACAUCCAAGUGGACAGCAUCGGAACAACGGCUGGCACGGAAACGGAUACAGGGCCCGUGGGAUGUUGCUGUCUCCGGGAAAAAUGGUGUGAAUGAAUUAAAAUUUAAUUCGGCCUGUGCGAACCUCCGGCCGGCAGUGAUGCAGGUUGUUUCCAUACGGUAGGGAUUAUUUUUCAAAAAGCUUGGAUUCGAAGUUGCCUGCAAUGAUGUUGAAACCGAAAAAAAAAUACCGGCUUCCGAUGGAUUCGUGCGUUGUUAUACAAUUGUACGAAUGACACUGGACAUCGUUUCAAAUGCAUGUAUAAACUGAGAUUACGGUGAGCAUAUUGUUGAUAACAGAGAUUUAUAGUUGAAUCGUGGUACUGCGUGGGUUUGUUCAGCGCACUUGAUUGGACAUCGAAAGUGGAAUUGAACUCGACGACAUGACCACUCGGGGGAUACGACGGAAAAAGUCAUAUCUGGCGGAGAUUAAGGUGGCAGUUAUUGGAGCACCAUGUGUGGGUAAGAGUGCGCUGACGGUUCGGUUCCUCACAAAGCGCUACAUUGGCGAAUAUGACCAUCAGGCAGAGAACAGACACAAAUAUGAAAUCAUGGUGGACGGGGAAGCUGUGCUGUGCGAAAUUUGGGAUACAUGUCCAAAGAUUGAAGACACCGGUGAAGCCACGUUGACGGCCGGUUCGGAGGCCGUUCAGUGGGCCGAUGGACUGUUACUGGUCUAUUCCAUCACCGAUCGGGAGUCAUUUAACUACAUACGCAAGGCGAAGGAGGACCUGCCGAGCGAUACGACACCGGUGGCGCUGGUGGGCAACAAGGUAGACAUGGUCCAUCUGAGGCAGGUUAGCACCGACGAGGGUGAGAUUCUGGCGAAAGAUUUUGAGUGCAAGUUUUCCGAAAUAUCUGCCGCCGAACACGUGUACCAGGUGGCCGAGGCAUUCCACGAUCUGUGCCGCGAGGUUAUAGCGGCCAAACGCAAAUCCAAACAGAGCUUCAUCGACAAAAUCGACCGAAUGUUGAGCGGAUCCCGGACGUACAACCGGGGCAAAAGUGAUAGCGUUCUGCCGAAAGACUAAAGAGACCGGAGGGAGUGGAUGGGAAGUGCGAUAGACGUGUGGAAUCGGACUAGUAUUAAAUGAUGUUUUGUUUUGCUUGUUGAUUUGAGUGGGAUACAUGCUGCAGGUUGCGAUAUAGAUUUAAUUUAUUGAAAUUGAUUUUAGUAAUAGAUAAAUACUCAGCAAUUUAAGUGAUGGUAUCAAUAUUGAAAUUUGUGUUAUUGUAUGCAAACAAUUAGUCGAAUGAAACUAAAUAGAAAUAAAUCGAUUACAGUCUCAUAUGCAGCUCAUCUUAAUGAACCGAAAUUUGGUAUCUCGACUAAAUAAUUGACUGAAAUUUAUUCUCGGUUACAAUCAAUAUAAAGCUGCAUCUUAGUUUUCGAAAUUCAAAACAACUCUGAAUACUUACUUACUUACUUACUCACUCACUUACUUACUAGAGAUGGUCGGGUAAAAAUUUCUCAAACCUGAUCCUGACCCGUAUCAGAUAAAAAAAAUCUACCCGUACCCGACCUGAACCCGAAAAAUUUCGGGUAUUCUGGUUCGAAUAUCCGAAACCCGAUCAAAUUUUCAAACCUGAUCUCGACCUGUACCCCCUUGAAAUGAAAACUGACUUACUUACUUACUUACUUACUUACUUACUUACUUACUUACUUACUUACUUACUUACUUACU